GAAAAAGAUGGUAGGGCAGUUCCAUUUUCCAAAGAAGAUCCUUUAGUAUGGGCAUGUCUUUUUGGCAUAAGUUAUACAAUUACACGCAAACCCAAGCAUAAAAAGGCCUUAUGUACUUACCAAUAAAAUCCCCCCUCCCCCUUCCUCUCCUCUUUUCUCCUUUUUAACUCACUCACUCACUCACUUCUUCAUAUUCAUCUUCUUCAAACACUUAACAAACAGACGCACCAAACUUUCUUAUUAUAAUAGCUAAUUAAGCUAUGAGAGUUCCUGUUCCCAAUCAUCAAUCAUCCUCCUUAUCUUCUUCUACUCCUAAACUCCAUUCCGAACCCACGUCCGUCCUCGACCUCCACCGCACCCCUAGCCCCGUGGCGCCGGACAAUCCCCUCUCCUCCGCCCAUGACCGCCACAACAACCAUCCUCUAGAUUGGGAUGAACAGGCUCUUCAUAAUUUGGAUUGGGACUCCAUCAUGGGUGAUUUGGGCUUACAUGAUGACUCCAAUUCUUCUCUAAAAAACAACACUAGUCAUGAUCAUGUUCCUAACUUUCCUGAAUUUCUCCACUCCCAAUCCUUGGAUCAAACCUCCCACCUUCUUCCCCCUGAUUUCUUCAUCUCUGAACCCUUCUCAAAUCACCCUCCCACCAUCCUCCAAUCCUUCAAUUCAUUCAAUUCCAACAACCCAUCUCUCGAUUUCCUUGAAGAUCUCGUCGCUGCUGCCGAUUGCUUCGAUUCCAACGAUUUCCAACUCGCUCAUGUGAUAUUGGAACGACUCAAUCAACGCCUUCAAUCCACCUCCUCUGCUAAACCCAUUCACCGAGCCGCUUUCUUCAUCAAAGAAGCUCUUCAAUCUCUUCUCUCUCCCUCUACCAAUCGCUAUAAUCGCCUCUCUUCCUGGUCCGAUAUCGUCCAUACUAUCAAAGCUUACAAGGCCUUCUCUUCAAUUUCUCCGAUUCUAAUGUUUUCUCAUUUCACCACCAAUCAAGCUCUUCUUGAAGCUCUUAAUGCUUCUUCUUUCAUUCAUAUUAUUGAUUUCGAUAUCGGAUUUGGUGGGCAGUACGCCUCUUUCAUGAAGGAGCUUGCUGAAAAAGCAGAGUCGAAGAACAUCGCUCCGCCGGUGCUUCGGAUUACCGCCGUCAUGCCGGAGGAAUUGGCGAUUGAGAGUAGGUUGAUUAGAGAGAAUCUCUUCCAAUUUGCCCAAGAUUUGAAAAUUCGAUUUCAUAUCGAUCUCGUCCCACUUCGAACUUUUCAGACUUUGUCUUUCAAAUCGGUGAAAUUCAUGGAAGGGGAGAAGGUAGCAAUUCUGUUAACUCCGAGCAUCUUUCGCCGUCUCGGGAGUGUAAACGUCGUAGCCUCUUUUCUCACCGAUAUUCAACAGGUGUCGCCGUGCGUCGUUGUGUUCGUCGACGGCGAAGGGUGGUCCGACUCCGGCGGGGCGUCGUUCAAGAAGAAUUUGGUGAAGAAUUUGGAGUUUUAUGCCACGAUGUUAGAGUCGUUGGACGCGACAGGUGUCAGCGGUGAGUGGGUGCGGAGGAUCGAGACGUUCGUACUCCGGCCAAAGAUAUUCGCGACGGUAGAAGGAGGAGGGGGAAUGGCGGCACCGCCGUGGAGAGAGGUGUUCGAUGGGGCGGGGAUGAGGCCGGUGGCGCUGAGCCAGUUUGCGGAUUUUCAAGCGGAGUGCUUACUUGGGAAAGUACAAGUUCGAGGGUUCCAAGUAGGCAGACGACAUGCUGAGCUGGUGCUAUGCUGGCAUGAGAGACCUCUUGUUGCCACGUCGGCGUGGAGGUUUAAGUGUUGAAAAUAUUCAUAUCCUAUCAAAUUUGAUUUUUAAUUACCAUAAAAUUCGACAACUAUAAUCAUAGUAGAAUUGACUAAAUUAAAAGUAAACUUCAAACAUGCAA